AUGUCAAAAGCGCAAAAAAACGAGCUAGCGCCAUGGGUCGAGAAAUACCGGCCACAAAUUCUUGCCGACAUCGUGGGCAACGAAAAUAUUGUGGAGCGGCUGAAAGUGAUCGCCAAAGAGGGAAAUGUGCCGAAUAUCAUUUUAUCUGGACCGCCCGGAUGCGGAAAAACGACAUCGGUGUGGGCGCUGGCCAGAGAGCUGCUUGGCGACAAGGUCAAAGACGCUGUACUCGAAUUGAACGCUUCUGAUGAGAGAGGAAUCGAUGUGGUCCGAAAUCGAAUCAAAACGUUCGCCCAGACAAGAGUGACACUUCCAGAAGGACGCCACAAAAUCAUCAUCCUUGAUGAGGCGGAUUCGAUGACCGAGGGCGCUCAGCAGGCUCUUCGUCGCACCAUGGAGAUUUACUCGAAGACGACGAGAUUCGCGUUGGCGUGUAAUCAAUCGGAGAAGAUUAUUGAACCCAUCCAAUCCCGAUGCGCUCUUCUCCGCUAUACAAAGCUGACUGCGGCCGAGCUGAUGUCACGUGUCGUCGAAGUGGCCAAAGCAGAAGACGUCAACCAUGACGACGGUGGUCUCGAAGCGAUUCUGUUCACGGCUCAGGGCGAUAUGAGACAGGCGUUGAACAAUCUUCAGGCAACGGUGAACGCCUACGAACAGGUGAACAAGGAGAACGUGCUGAAAGUGUGCGAUGAGCCGCACCCGGACCUAAUGAUCAAAAUGUUGGCCUACUGUGUGGAUGGGAAGUUUUUCGAGGCGUCGAAAAUUGUUCACGAAUUCCAUCGGCUGGGAUUCUCGUCCGACGACAUUGUGUCCACUUUGUUUCGAGUUGUGAAGACGGUGGAGCUGUCGAAACGAGUCAACGAGCAGUUGAGACAGGAGUUCAUUCGGGAAAUCGCCAUGUGCCAUAUGAGAAUCAUCCAAGGACUCUCCUCAAAACUCCAACUCUCCCGCCUCGUCGCCGAUUUGUGUCGUGUUUCGGCCAGUGUCUAA